AUGUUUGAUGAUUCACAAGAAAAUGAUACAAAUGACAAAAUCGAAUUAUUGUUCAAUGGAAUGAAAGAACAAAUAAAAGCAUUAUGCGCCGAAAAUUAUGAACUGCACAAUAAAAUUUCCGUAAAAGAUAAACAACUUGAAGAAAUGUCCGAGAAACUUAAACUAAUUGAAGAAAUUUUGAAACCAACUCAUAAAAAAGAUUCUACAAUACAUACAUUACCAAAAGUUUUAAGUGACUUCAAACCAUCCCGUACACAAAACAUAAAUUUUGAACUAGAAGAAAAGCUAAGAGAAAUCUUCGAAAAAUAUAAACAAUCCGAAGAAAAUUUGUCAAGACUUCGUGAUGAACAUGAAAAACAAUGUUCCAAUAAGAGUUCAAUAAUGCAAAUGAAAAAUUCUAAACUCGAAGAAAAGCUCAGUGAAAUUUCCGAAAAAUAUACAAAAUCCGAAGAGCUUGAAGAGUUGUGUAAAAAAAAAUCUUUGCUCGAUGGAGAAAUUUCCGAAAGAUAUAAACAAUCCGAAGAUAAUUUGACAAGACAUCGUAACGAAAAGUUGCGUAAAAAAAAAUCUUUAUUCCAGGAAACGCUCGAACGGUAUCAAAACGAAUUGGAUAAUAAUAAAGACGUAUUGAAUAAUUUUUCUCAAAAAGAAUCCGAAAAUUAUGAAAAUCAGCAAAAGUAUGAUGAAAAUAACAAGGAGAGAAGAGCACUUAUUAGAAGUGCAGCGAAUAACAAGGAAAAAGAACAAUUAGAACUUUUAAAAAAGAAUACUAAACUUAAAACGGAAGAAUCUAAAUAUCAAACUACACUUGGUAAUGCAACAUAUAUUCGGAUGAAUGAUGAUGAUAAAGACCACGGCGUUCAACUUGUAAAUAAUAUUUUAUCGUUACGGGACACAUUGAGGAGUUACAUCUCAUCAUUAAAAUGGGGAAUUGAAAUCGAUAUUGACCAAAUUAACAACCUUAUGAAAGAAUACAAUGUUACAAUAACCAGCAAACCCAAUUAUCCAUUAAUUAAAGCAUUAUUAUCGUUCCAUAUUUUAAUGAAAAUAAUGAAGGAAGUGGAAUCAUUUUUUGAGAAAAAUAACGAUUCUUCAUCUGUAUUACAUCUGGAAGCAGAUAUUAUGUCCAAAUCAAAAAAUUUAGAAGAAAGAUUAGUUGAAUUCUCUAAAACUCGAAAUGAAAAAGACUUAAUGACCCAAAUGACCUCAAUAAAAAUUCGGCAAGAAGUUAAUAUCGCUCUUAGUAAUCGAGGAUUUUCGGAUAAUAUGGCACCGAAACUUAUUCGAGAAUUAAUUAGAAUAUUUUGGUUUCGGUUGCGAAUUCAAGAACCUGUUGCUCAAAUUAAAUGGGUGGAAGUGGGUUCUGACAUAGAUCCAAACGUUAUGGAUGGAAUCUGGGAUAACGAAGAUAUUGAUGAUCUGGAAGUGGAAGUUUGUGCUUUUCCGAUGAUUGGUCGAGAUUUAGAAAAUUUGGAGAAACGUAAAAUAUAUACUCAUGCUCAUGUAUUUACAAAAAGAAAAACUAGUAUUACGAAAACUAAAACUAUUAAAAGGGGUGAAGUGCCAUAA